AUGGAAUAAUACAAUGUAUGUAAAGAGGCAAAGCUUUUCAAACCACAAGUCCGACGAGUUUGCUACACUUAGAAUUACAAGUUUUGGAUCUGAACCAAAUCACAGUGAUCGGAUUGGAGGAUCCAAGAAGCUUUAAUGGAUCAUCAAUCAGUACAAGUACCACUCCCUCCUCACGUGCUCGUCUUCCCGUUACCGAUUCAAGGCCACAUGAACUCCAUGCUCAAGCUGGCCGAGCUUCUCUGUCUCGGCAACCUCCACGUGACCAUGCUCGUCUCCGACUUCAGCCACAGCCGCCUCCUCCGCCACACCAGUGUUCAUUCCCACUUCGCUCGCUAUCCCGGAUUUCGUUUCAGGACAAUUCCCGAUGGCUUGCCUGACGACCACCCGCGUGCCGGUGAGCGACUUAUGGAUAUUAUGCCAUCUAUAAAGUCCGUCACGGCGCCACUAUUCAGGGAUAUGAUGAUUGGAGCCAAUUUCUUGGGUACCGGAACAAGGCGGCCUGUGACGUGCAUCAUAGCAGACGGGAUCCUGAGUUUUGCUGGUGAUUUUGCUAUCGAGAGGGGGAUUCCAUAUAUUUCUUUUCGUACUGCCAGUGCUUGCUCUUUUUGGGCUUAUUAUUGUAUUCCGGAAAUCAUUGAAGCUGACGAAAUUCCUUUGAAAGGAAAUGGCAUGGACUUACCGGUAAAGAGUGUACCAGGCAUGGAGGGUUUUCUCCGGCGACGUGACCUUCCGAGUUUUUGCCGUGUGGACGAAGUAAAUAAUCCGAAUUUGCAACUUGUACAAACGGAGACCAGAAAAAGCUUUCGAGCCCAGGCAUUGAUAAAGAACACUUUUGAUGAGCUAGAAGGACCCAUACUCUCUCAAAUACGUGCUCACUGUCCAAAUCUCUUCUCCGUCGGACCACUUCACGCUCACCUAAAAGCCAGACUUGCAACAGAAACCAAGUCUUUCUCAACCUCUUCAGGUAGUUUUUGGGAGGAAGAUCGAAGUUGUAUGACGUGGCUCGAUUCUCAAAAGUCCAAAUCUGUAAUCUACGUAAGCUUUGGAAGUAUAACUGUUGUGACAAGAGACCAACUCAUGGAGUUUUGGUAUGGACUGGUGAAUAGUGAGCAACGGUUCUUAUGGGUCAUGCGGCCAGACUCCGUAGCCGGAAAAGACGGGGAGAGUCAGAUUCCGAUGGAGCUCGUGGAGGGAACCAAGGAGAGGGGUUACAUGGUGGAAUGGGCCCCACAAGAGGAGGUUCUGGCCCACCCAGCUGUUGGUGGGUUUUUGACUCACAGUGGAUGGAACUCAACUUUGGAGAGUAUAGUAUUGGGUGUGCCAAUGGCUUGUUGGCCUUAUUUUGCAGACCAGACAACUAAUAGUAGGUUUGUUAGUGAAGUUUGGAAAAUUGGUUUGGACAUGAAAGAUACAUGUGAUCGAGUCAUAAUUGAGAAGAUCGUCAGAGAUCUGAUGGAUAUCAAAAAAGAUGAGUUUCAAGAACGAGCGAAUCAGAUGGCAAAGUUGGCGAAACGAGCUGUGUGUGAAGGCGGCUCAUCGUACUGUAAUUUGGAUCGUCUGAUUAAGUACAUAACAUCAAUGAUUGAGUGAUCAAGAUGAGGGGUAAAUCUUAUGUGUUCAAAUGGAAUAAAUAUAGGGAAAAUUACAUAUAAAUGGAGUUAAAGUUUCAUAUUUACUUAGAGACUGAGUCAAAGUUCCAUAUUUCUCUAAAAUGGAUUGCUGAGGUGGCACAUGGUUUUUUACUGUUUAAAAAAUUGUGGUGCCUAAAAUGCCCUUCCCUAACAAAAAAGUAGUACCUUCAGUUCAAAAAAGUAGUACCUCUGGAGAAAAAGUAGUACAUUCGCGGGUGUUUAAAAAACAUGGUACCUGGACACCAAAAAGUAGUACCUUCAGUUCAAAAAAGUGGUACCUUUGAAGAAAAAGUAGUACCUUCACGGAAGGGUAUUUUAGGCACCACAAUUUCUAAACAGUAAAAAACCAUGUGCCACCUCAGCAAUCCAUUUUAGAGAAAUAUGAAACUUUGACUCAGCCUCUAAGUAAAUAUGAAACUUUGACUCCAUUUAUAUGUAAUUUUCCCAUAAAUAUAUACUAUAUUUAUUUGUAAAUAUAUAAUAUUUCUAUUCUAUCUCUUACAAUUAAAUUUGUGUUAUUAAAUGUAAGAAGUCAAAAUAUAAAUUUAUUAGCAAUUGGA